CCAGGUCACAGUGACAGGAACAGCAGGAGGGAAAUGAGGAGGUCACGGGGGAAACAGGGGAAGAAUAGGGGAAAAACAUGGAGUGUGGAGAGGAGGGGGAGGGCACAAGUGGAGGUAGCCAACCUUUGAAAAGGAAGGAGUCGUCGGUGGCAAAGGAUGGGUCAGAGAAUCAGGAGGGGGGGACACAGCAAGCAAAAAGACAGCACAAGGGUACAUCAACAAACGGCAACUCAGCAGCAGAGGCACAGGAGGGGACCGAGCACGACACAGCGAUGUCGAGAAGCACAAUUCAAGAAGGGGAGGACAAGGGAGUUACUCAGGAACCACCAACAAAUCAGAAUCUGAUAAGGAAGGAGAAGAAGGAAGGAGAAGAAGGAAGGAGACUGAUGCGUAAUGUGGGGAACAUGACGGAAGAGGAAAUACGGCAGGCGGAGGAAGAUCAGAGGGAUUGCUCAGAGGAUAUGGAUUCUGAAGAUUCAUCAGAAGAAGAUGAGGAACAGGAAAGGUCAGAAGAGGAGGAAAUGUCCCUAGAAUAGUGGAUUCAGGAAGUGGAACAGUUAGAAUGGGGGCUAGCUCAUCACAAGCAUUUGAGAAAACUCAAACAGGCAACACAGGUGGCAGAGGACAUCACCUCAGAUAAUAGAUUUGAGUUACUGAGGAGGGAAGGGGAAAUCAACGAAUUUUACGCAG